GACCAACUCAUUUUAAUUCUAGGUGUAAUUUUAAUACCGAUUGACUGGUACAGUAAUUGCUGUGAGGCUAAAUCACGAGUAGCUAGUGAAUAAAUAUUGCCAUUCUUUUCUGAAUUCUGUAUGACAAAGAAGGCAAUACCUCCGCUGGCUCUCGUAUUGUCGUUUGCGGGAACAUCACUGUAACAAUUGUCAACAAUCACAACAUCACCACGUUCGAUUUUUUCUUCGUUCCUGUUGCUUUUCAAUUCUAGUGGAUUACGCAAUGUGGAAGCAAUAUGGGGGAUAGCAACAGAGAUGCUGUUACUAAAAAAAUGCACUCCAAAACAGAAGAGAAUGGUAAUGGGGGAUGCAGAAAGAACAACUGGAGUAUUUGGAAAGCUAUUGACAAAUUGGAGCAACGGAAAGAUAACUUCCAUCCAGAAAUCACGGCACAGGUCUUGGAAAUACUGAGAAUCUGGGGGGGGRAGUGGCAGGGGAAUUCCACGAUGGCCUCGCUUCUGAACAAAAGCACUCUCYAUUACGAAAUCGAAGAAACAAUCGUUGCGAUACACUACCUCGUCGAAGGGCUUGCGCGACGCGACGAAAGAAGGUGCCAUGUCGUAGAUGUAUGUGCAGGAAAGGGAAUGCUAUCCUUUCUUUUAUCAUAUUUCAAACAUCCAAAAGUGGCCUCGAUUGUAAUGCUAGAAAAAGCAACCAUUGAUUGGAGUCACAUUUAUGAAAGCAACAAGACCGCAAAGGAUGAAAAUCGCCCUGAAAUAACGAUUUGGGACAAUACCAAUCUUCACGAUUACGAUGAUGUUCUUGAUAGAUUGCUUGCCUUGCCGCACCCAGUAGCAAUGUGUGGAAUUCAUCUCUGCAAACAACUCGGCCCUUCAUUUUGUGGACUAUUUAAUGGACUUGGGAAAAAAUCUAUCUAUGGAUGCUUGUCACCGUGUUGUAUGCCUCGGGCGGUCACGACCCAGAAGAAGAAUGCGAAGAAAAGAAAGACAUUUACGUUGUCCAUACAACUGAUGGAAACUAUAGAGGACCGUUGUGCGAGACGCGAUUAUAUGCUCCGACGAGAACGACUUCGGCGGAAGGUCAGUUUCGUUUUGAUGAUAAUGAGAAAAUGCUCAAUUCCCACUGAGAGGUGGAUAUCAUUUGAGAUUUGCCUCACCUUCACCUUACUAUUGCGCUCACUCUAUCUCUUCCUCUGUAGCCUUUGACUGGUCCAUGUUUCUAUUGCAAAUCAGAGGAUCACCCAAUAUUGAGGUGUCCAGCUCUAAACACUCUUCCAGAAGAAGAACAGAUUUCAACUCGUCGGGCAUGGCACAUCGCAACCGUUCCGUGUUGGAAUUGUUUGGAAAUUGGUCACUACAAGAGCGAAUGUCCGAAUGUCGGAAAAGAUGGCGUGGCAAGAGGUAGAUCCUCUAGCCACAAUGCACAGCAACCACCUACUACUAUUUUGGACGUGACCAAUCUCCUCCAGGCUCCAAACCCAUACGCUUCCUACUGCAAUGUUCUUGCAACUGCAUUUCAGAAAAAAGAUUUACCAACAAUUAGGGUGAGAGUAGUUGAAACCAGCCUUGAAAAACACGGAGCCCAUGAUGAGAAAAACUGGAAUGCCAGAAGGAAGUCAAUUUUUAUUGUUGUGGACUAAUAUUGUGUACACAUGGGGAAUAUCUGAACCAUGAUAGCUUUUGGUUGAUUUGUUCUUGAAAAAGUUAAGGUUGUACAGUUUGGAUAGUUUAUUYAACUAGCUAGUAAUAGUAGUAGAAAUACUUUUAUGCCGUAAAAAUAAAUUGAAAAGAAAACGUUCAAGUUACCGUACGGUACAUUUUCUUAUUUGUAUGGUGAAGUACAAAGGAUGGAAUACUGUAUUAAAUUCGACACGAUACCCGCGCACCGCACCCCUAAAAAAUUAUGACCCAUGCUCAGGUACGAACUCGUACUCGUACCAMAAGUGCGCUGAAUUCGAUCGUUUCAAAUCUGGCUUUCAAAUUCACCACGAUCGGCUAAAAAUAGUGAGCGCUUGUCAAAACAAAAUACUUCUAGUACUAAUGUUUUUGCUGCAAUGGGUAUGUACGUUCGACUCGUUGCAGGCUACGACACAAGUACCAUACUGUACGAAACAACGAUGACCUUUCGUUURAUUUUGCUUGGGCCCCAUUUCGAUCUUGACACAUGUUUCAUUAGCGGCAGUGGUCAUAAUCAUAAUAAGUACAGUACGURCAGACGAACUUCAAUUAGUGUCAUGUGUUUAUUUUUUGUUUUUAAUAUUCAUGACAUUGUUUCGAUCGGACAAUAUUUUUUGGGAGAUCCCUCAAGUAAUACCGUACAAUUCUGUAGUCGGUCCCACAAAAUUUUGCUGUUUCAUCAGUCAAAACAAAACCAMCGAAAUCAAACUUAGCAAUAGAAGAAUACGAUCAAAAGUAGUUUCGGAACAAAAAUUACAAUACUACAAUAAUCUCAUUAUGACGAUGACACCGAUAGAAAAUGAUAUCGAGGCUGGAUCGAUAGGCCACCGUUCGCUAUCAGAAUAUUCUGAAUCCAAUCUGACUACUACGCAUGCCGAAGACGAUGUAAYCACCGAGGCUAACGGUCAGUCGGUGAAGGAUACCCGCAUCAACCAGUUGGCGGCCAAGGAGAUCAAACAAGUUCAACGCAUCAAGUAUUUUGUUCUCUUCUCUCUUCUUUUUAUCAUGSUAGGUGUUUCAAUAAGUGCUUAUUUCUUAAGCUUCAAUGACGAAAUGAAUGAUUUCAAACUCCAAUUUGAUCAAGAUUCCGAUAAGGUAUUUUCCGUAAUGGGAAACAAUCUCGUUCGUACGCUACAGGCAUCAGACGCUUUUGCAGUCUCAAUAGCAUCGUUGGCUACUGCUACCAACCAAACUUGGCCAUAUGUUGUCAUUCCCGAUUUUGCUGUACGAGCCGAAAAGAUAAGGUCGCUUGCGAAUGCUGUUUACGUCACCACGUACAACGUCGUUCAACCCAACGAACGAAAAAUUUGGGAAGACUUCACGGCCAAAACUGGAAAAGUAUGGGUCAAUGAGAGCAUUGGUGCCAUCGAGAUCUUCGGUGGUAUGGAUUGGCCUAUUCUUUGGAAUUACACGCUUUGGGACGUUAUCCAUGAUUAUGAAGAAUUCGAAAAAGAAAAUCCCGGCGAAGUCGGAGUUAACACCCCGGGACCCUGGUUGCCUCAGUGGCAAACCCAGCCGACUAUAGCAUUAGAACCUCCAUACAACUGGUACGUUUUCAGCUGAAUCCAUCUCUUGCUUGAAGAUUAUAUUUCUGUUCUAAAUGCUUUUAUUUCUUAUGUUUUUCCCGAAUACGUAAAGGGACCUCACGAGUGCACCGCCUACCAAAGAAAUGAACACGACUGCUGCGCAGAAAAUUUUCGAUACUCACAAAGUGACAAUUACAGAUGCAUACUUGAUUUCUUACUCGGAUGACGUUAAACAUAUUGAAAGUGAUUUGGAAGAAGCAGAAUGGAUAUCAAGUUAUGUUCAGAAAGGUGAGGAGGUAAUGGAACCGAUCUCGGAUAUUUUCUAUCCGAUAAUAGAGGAAGCCAAUGAAAAAAUCAAAAUAAACGUCGAAAGCGGUACUGACCACAGUGCCAACCAACAAAGCRUUGUUAGCAUCUUCUCUCUGUCGAUUUACUGGAGAGAUACUAUUAAAAAUAUUUUUGGRGAAAGAUCCCRUGGUUUGGUAAUUGUAUUUGAGAACCCAUGCAACCCUACCUUUACUUAUCAACUCAACGGACCUGAUGCAGUCUUCCUCGGUGCAGGAGAUUUUCAUGACGAAAAAUAUAAUCAUUUCAUGGUCCGUAAAAAUAUUUCCGAGCUAACUAGACCAGCRAUGGAAGAGUCAUUGUACUCUGGGAUUGAACUCGACGACGAGUUUUGUCCAUUCACUAUCAGUCUCUAUCCGUCUGAUACAACAAAGAAGCACUACACUACAUCCACACCAAUCUUUUAUUCACUGAUCACGGCGGUUAUUUUUGUUAUCACUGCUUCAACAUUUAUGUUGUAUGAUUUCUGGGUCGAGCGGCGUCAAAAGGUAGUUAUGAAGACUGCUCUGACUACCACCGCACUGGUCUCGUCGCUAUUCCCCGCUGUUGUUAUGGAUCAAAUGCUUCCCGAYGGCGAURACUCUUCUUUAUGUGAUAGGCAGCCCAAAAGACUGAGAUCAUACCUGAAGGAURGAAAUGAGGAUGAUGCGGUUCCUGAACCUGAGGCAGAACUUAAGGGYUUGGSCAAACCAAUCGCCGAACUUUUCCCUGAUACUACCGUAUACUUCGCUGAUAUUGCUGGAUUCACAGCUUGGUCUAGUGUCAGAGAACCUUCUCAUGUUUUUACCCUGUUGGAGACCCUUUAUGGAGCCUUUGAUGAAAUAGCAAAACAGUAUGGRAUUUUCAAGGUUGAAACAAUUGGAGAUUCAUAUGUUGCUGUUUGUGGAUUGCCGGAUCCUCGGAAAAAUCAUGCCGUUGCAAUGGCGAGAUUCGCUUUUGAAUGUGUCGAAAAGAUGAAAGAGAAAACAAAAGAAUUAGAACUUGUUCUUGGCCCCGGAACAGCUGAAUUAMGCCUUCGCACUGGACUUCAUUCUGGUCCCACUAUUGCUGGUAAGUCGCCAAAUCUUAGCAUCAUGUUUUUUUAAAAAAAAACCGGAAUGUACAUUCUCAUUAUUUUUACCUCCUUCUGUAACUCAGGUGUAUUGAGGGGAGAAAAAGCUCGUUUUCAAUUGUUUGGAGACACCGUCAAUACUGCUGCUCGAAUGGAAAGUACGGGCGAGCCAAAUAAAAUUCAGGUAUCUCAAAAGACAGCUGAUUUAAUUACWGCAGCUGGCAGAGAAAAAUGGCUGAUCCGCAGGGAAGAGCUAGUCCAUGCAAAAGGCAAAGGUCAGCUCCAGACCUAUUGGCUUCAACGAAAGAGAAAGAGGUCCACAUCGAGUCUAUCCUCAGAAAAUGGUUCCUACUUGGAAGAUCGUAUCUCURCUAUGGACCUAUUUCCCAAAGAAAGUACGAUUGAUAGCCCUAAAAUUCAACGCCUAAUAGAUUGGAACGUAGCAAUUUUCACAGAUCUUCUCGAAGAUUUGGCAAGUCAUCGGCACAGUACUCUCUCAAUUUCAGAUCUUGAUAUAUCUAAGAGAACACUGGGCAAAGAUCCUUCAAAGAAAGCAAAGUGCGUCCGRGAUGAAAUAGUGGAGACCAUUCAAAUGCCAGAUUAUAGAGCYGCAACUAUUCCAACCAAUGAGACCUUCAAACUUCAACCAAGCGUAAUCAAGCAACUCCGCGAUUACAUCACCCAAAUAGCACAAUUUUACCACAAAGACAACGGCUUCCAUAAUUUCGAACAUGCUAGUCAUGUUAUUAUGUCAUCUGUCAAGCUACUUCAAAGAAUUGCAACUCCAGAUGUGAAAAAGAAAGAUUGUGAAACCGAACAAGAUUAUUUCAAUUAUACCUUUGGCAUCAGUUCCGAUCCUGURACCAAAUUUGCAGUUGUCUUCUCGGCUCUGAUUCACGACGUUGACCAUCAAGGAGUUUCAAAUUYCCAGCUUGCAAAAGAAAAAGAYCCUAUGACUAUAGCAUAUAACAAUAAAAGUGUCUUGGAGCAGCAUUCGGUGGAUUUGGCUUGGUCCAUUCUUGAAGAAUCAAACUUCACCGAACUCCGUGAGUGUAUCUUUACAACAAAAGACGAGCACGAGCGGUUCCGUCAACUUGUCGUGAAUUGCGUAAUGGCAACCGACAUUUUCGACCAAGAAUUGAAGAACUUCCGUGAURGUCGCUGGGAGAAGGCAUUUCGACAAUCCAACUCGUGCCAGGAUGGAAUCACUGAACGUGAUGACUGGAACCGCAAGGCUACCAUCACGAUCGAGUGCAUAAUCCAAGCAUCAGACGUCUCUCAUACCAUGCAGCACUGGCAUGUUUAUCAAAAAUGGAACAAGUGUCUCUUCAAUGAGAUGUACACGGCGUACAAAAAUGGAAGGUCSGAYAAAGACCCUUCUGAGGGAUGGUAUACAGGCGAGCUUUGGUUCUUUGACAAUUACGUCAUUCCUUUGGCUUCGAAGCUACGAGAAUGCGAAGUAUUUGGUGUUUCAUGCGACGAAUUUUUGGAUUUUGCAAUAGAAAACCGAAAGGAAUGGUCAGUGAAGGGACAUGAUAUUGUUGCUGAKAUGCUAAACGACGUUCAGGAUGAUGCGGUGAACAAGGACACAAACUCCACGAAAGCAGAAAAGCCGAGAUCUGAAGUAUCUAAAAAAUGUUGUGCACCGGGGAACAAAUGAAUUACUAGGUCCAGACCUUAGGCUGGCUGGUUCACGAUGACAGUGGGCAUAAAAAAUCGCAGUAAAAGUAGAUACUCGAAUACAUCUGUAUCAUACGMCUAAUCUUCAUACUAAAUAGGAUAGUUAAAC